GGGACGGGGGAGGGGGGAGGACUUCUGCAGAGACAGCGCGCGAGGAAGAAGGGAUUUAUGAUGCAGAGUAGUUGAGCGCCUCACCUGUGAAGACUACUUUGUUUGUUUGUUGUUGUUGGUGUUGUUAUUUGGGCGACCUCCCAGGACUGAGUUCACUUUCUGCACAGAGACUUCAGCGUUUGUCCCACCGUCCACAAGAUGCAUAUGAAUAGCUUAAUAAAUCAGUGGACGGACAUCUCCAGGAUGUGUGAUGUCGACCUUUCCCCGGAGCCCACCAGUCCCACCCUCUACGGAGAGUCCUCAGACAAGUAUUACCAUGCGGACCGCUGGCAAAAGCUCCGCACCGCCGUACGCAAGCUGGAGUUCUGGGAGAACUUCACCGCCGAGCUGAUCGGGAGCGGCUUCUUCUCCAAGGUCUACAAGGUGAUGCACAACACCAGUCGCAAGGUGACGGUGGUGAAGAUUUACAAAAACGACGUUGACCAAGACAGCAUCGUGCGUGAGAUCAGCCUGCUGCAGAAACUCUCCCACCCCAACAUCGUCAGAUAUCUGGGAAUCUGUGUCAAAGAGGACAAACUAUAUCCGAUCUUAGAGUAUGUAAAUGGUGGCUGUCUGGAGGAGCUUCUGGCUAAGAAAGAUGUUCCCCUGUGCUGGAGAGAGAAGGUUGACCUGGCCUGUGAUAUAAGCAGAGGAAUGAUCUACCUGCACUACAAGAACAUUUACCACAGAGACCUUAACUCCAAGAACUGUCUCAUCCGGGUGACGUCUCGGGGUCGGGAGGCCCUGGUCACUGACUUCGGCCUGGCCAGGGAAGUGGUGGAGCUGCCAGUCAAGGACCCCGGCAGGAAGCUGUCACUGGUGGGCUCGGCCUUCUGGAUGGCCCCUGAGAUGCUCCGAGGAGAACUGUAUGACCGCAAGGUGGAUGUUUUCUCCUUUGGGAUCGUGCUGUGUGAGAUCCUGGCCCGGAUCUCUGCCGACCCCGAGAUACUACCCAGAACACAGGACUACGGGCUGGAUGUGGAGGAGUUCAGGCAGCUGGUGAACGACUGUCCGCAGCGUCUCCUGGAGUUAGCGGCCAGCUGCUGUUUGGUGGAGUCCUUCCGGCGGCCGGCGUUCGCCGAGCUGCUGGACGACCUGGGGGAAGUCGGCGAGAGUCUCGAGCCGCCGACCAAAUCCGAAGAGACCCCGAGCUGAUUUCGUCCGCCUCGUCUGAAAAGCCGUUGCACCCAUCCGCGGGCGGGCCGGCGAGUGUCCCGGGGAGUAUUUGGUCUCUGACCGGGUCAAGAAGCCGGACUGAGACCUCUAAAGGCCUCUGUGGCAUCAACCUCCCCUCCCUACUGCACCCCCGCUCCCACUCACACCGCGACCACGGCUGAACCCGUCUUCCUCCAGGCAGUGCGUCCUGCUAGGCGUGUUGUUUUCCUGGGGGCAGCAGAAGGUCUGACGGCCUCUCUCGGGUUCUUUGCUUUGACAUUUGCUGUUCACAUGAUUCGUAAUGUGAGUCGCAGGACUGUACGGCACGGUGUGUCUGUUUGUCCCACUCCACCUGAAGCGUCUUAUCCUCUCGUCCGUCUGCUCCGUGUGAGAGAGGGUUCGUUUGUGACCAACAAACACGUAAUCUUUUCCGCCUCUUCUAUUUGCUCUUAAAGACGUUGUUUCAUAAAAGGUGCGACACGCGAAAUACACAAAGACAUUUCAAGAGUUGAUCAGAAACCAAAAUUCAGUUUUUACAAUCACAAGUGUAGUUCAUGGUGUCACCAAACGUUAUUUAUUACAUGUGAUUAGAAUAUUAUCAUGUAUAAGUACAGUUUUUCAGGAAUAUAUUUACUCUGAGUAAUUUUUGAGUUAUUAAAGAACUAUAUACGUCUCGACAAAACAUGAAAAAGUGGUUGCUUUCGACAGUGAAAUGUAAACAUUAAUGUUCUCAUCACUUCUUUUCGUUUUGUCAUAUUUUUCUAACAUUAGUUUAAACUCCUUGUCUGCGAGUAAGUAUUUUAAUCUUAUUUUUUUACUUCUAGCUUUAUGAAUAUUGCUACCUAAUCUAGGAUUUACAGGGUCCAUAUUCGUUUGGUUUUACCAGUAUUUACUAUUCCAUAGUUUCUGUGGUGUCUGGGAUGUAUUCAGGCAGUUGCAAUGCAAACACCCCCAAAAGCCACAUUUGGUUUCUAGGUUAAGUGAUUCCACAAUUUGACUUGGAUCACAAAAAUGUACAAUACGGUUUUAAUUUUUUUUUAAUAUAAACAAAUUAAUAUUAUAACAUGGGAAAUGCACCUGUGGCGACUGUGGGUGAGUGGGGAGCACGGUCGUCCUCCAAUCAGAGGGUUGUGGGUUCGAUCCCAGGCCCGGCUAACCCGCAUGUCGUUGUGUCCUUGGGCAAGACCCAAACAUUGCUCCUGUAGGGUUUAUUGGGUGAAUGAUGUCGUGUAGUGUUAAAGUGCUUUGAGUGGUCAGAAAAGCGCUAUACAAGUACAGGCCAUUUACCAUUUACCACCUGAAACACAGACGUACCAGCAGCCGUUCACAUACAAAAGUAUAACAAGAACAAAUAUCAAUAAACUACAACAUUGUUUAGGUAUCUUCAUUUUCUCAGUGUAUAAAUAUUCAUCUGCAUUUAGAAGUACCUGUUUUACUUUUCACAUAUACUCACUGAACAUUAAUGGAACCGUUUUCAACUAAUCUCUUUAAAUAUAAUUAAAACUACCUGUGUGUA